AUGUCGCCACCCGCCCUCACGUGUGCGUCUCAACCUGCCCUUGAUAAGAUUUGGCCCAGAGAUUCGCUCAAGCAACAUAUUGCUACCAUUCAACGCCGUCAAACUGCUCUAAAAGGGGUGGAUGCUCCCACUUAUGUUCAACGCGUUCCUAUAGUUCCUGGAAAAGAGCCUGUGGAGGACUAUGAUGGCAACUACGUUUUUGCCGACAUCAAAGAGUCCCAUACUAGCCGCGCCAUGAUAAGUCGUUAUUACAAGGACAUGAUGGACGCUUCUGUCUCUGACGUUGUUGUUAUCGGUGCUGGUAGUGCAGGCCUCACAUGUGCUUACAAGCUAGCAAAGUCCCGCCCUGACCUUCGCAUUACGAUUUUAGAGGCAGGCGUUGCUCCAGGUGGCGGUGCUUGGCUGGGUGGUCAGCUUCAGUCUGCCAUGGUCAUCCGCAAGCCUGCACACAACCUAUUGGUUGAGCUCGACGUUCCUUUCGACGACGAGGGCGCAUACGUGGUUGUCAAGCAUGCUGCUCUUUUCACGUCUACGAUCCUUUCCAAGCUGCUUGCCAUGCCAAAUGUAAAGCUCUUCAAUGCAACUUGCGUUGAAGACCUGAUUAUCAAGAAGGAUCCUACUGGCACACAACGUGUGAAUGGUGUAGUUACAAACUACACUCUAGUCUCAAUGGCUCAUGGUCUCCAGAGCUGUAUGGAUCCUCAGACCAUUACAGCUCCAAUUAUCUGUUCAUUUGCUGGUCAUGAUGGACCAUUCGGCGCGUUUACAGUUAAGCGCCUUGCCAGCGCUGGUCUUCUCAACCUGGGAGACAUGAAUCCACUCAACAUGAACGAGUCCGAAGGAUUGAUUGUAAAUAACACCCGAGAGGUUUUCCCUGGUGUUGUUGUUGGUGGCAUGGAACUAAGCGAACUCGACGGUCAUCCACGCAUGGGCGCUUCUUUUGGUGGUAUGCUUGCUAGCGGCACCAAAGCAGCAGUCGAAGCAGCUCGGGCGUAUGACCGUCUCGAGAUCGAUGAGGGAGAAGUAGUGAGCGUCCGCCAGUAA